CCUCUCUUUUCUUCUUCCACUUCUUCUACUCUAAUUUAAUCUCUAAUCUAUAUAUAAUCAAUCUAUAUAUAUAUACAUAUAGAUAUAUAGAUUAAGGUUUCAAUAAUCUAGAAUUUGUUGGAUCCAAAACAUCUAAUCCAGAGAGAAAGAGAAGAAGAAGAGAUACAGAGAAGGAGGAGGUCUCUGUUUCUCUGAUCUUUCUUUCUCUUCUCAAACAGAAUGAGUCUCUUUGGCCUUGGAAGCAGGAAUCAGAAAACUUUUCGACCAAAAAAGAGUGCUCCUUCAGGAAGCAAGGGUGCCGAACUUAAAAGACAUAUAGAUGCUACAUUGGGUAGUGGGAAUUUGAGAGAAGCAGUAAAACUACCUCCCGGAGAGGAUCCUAAUGAAUGGCUAGCCGUAAACACUGUAGAUUUCUUCAAUCAAGUCAACAUUCUCUAUGGAACUCUUACAGAGUUCUGCACCACAUCAACUUGCCCAACUAUGACUGCAGGACCAAAGUAUGAGUAUAGAUGGGCUGAUGGAGUUCAAAUAAAGAAACCCAUAGAAGUGUCGGCUCCAAAAUACGUAGAGUAUUUAAUGGAGUGGAUCGAAGUUCAACUCGAUGAUGAAUCAAUAUUUCCUCAAAGAUUAGGGGCACCAUUUCCUCAAAACUUCAAAGACGUCGUAAAGACAAUCUUCAAACGGUUGUUCCGAGUAUAUGCACACAUUUAUCACUCACAUUUUCAAAAGAUUGUGACUCUCAAAGAAGAGGCUCAUCUCAACACAUGCUUUAAGCAUUUCAUUUUGUUUACAUGGGAGUUCCGGUUGAUAGAGAAGAGCGAAUUGGCACCUCUCUCUGAGCUAAUUGAAUCUAUACUUCAAUAGUGAUAGGAACCGAUCUUAAACAGUGGAAGAAGAAAUUGAUCAUAAUGGGAUAAACUUUUUUUUUUCUUUUCUUAAUGCUGGUUAACGGAGGUUUGAUAGUACCAAAGGUAUUAUCAAGUGUGUUGGAUUGUUCAUUCUUUUAUCGGUUUGUUGGGUGCUCAUAUGUGAAAAAAAGAUUACAUCGUUUUUGUUUUGGAAUGAUGAAAUGAUCCUUUUUUGGGUUUUGAGGUGUAAACAUCUUUUGAGAAAGUUAUGUUUUGGCCGAUAUCAUUGUAGUACAGUGAUACCAGAGUGAUCUGCUUUGAACUCGUCAGCACCAAA